UCAUCGUCCGUUUGGACUUGAAAGGACCAGAAGUGAACCAUCUGCUGGAAGCGCUGAGUCAAACAUGAUCCAGCAGGUGUAUCUUCGCCCUGGCGUUGGCAUAAUGUGGUUGUACUGGAGUGUGCAAAGAGUGCAACGGAUGGGGAGAGUGGCUUUCGAUAGUCAGACGGAGACGAGAAUUCCAGGUUGGUGAUGAGUAGCUGUAUUGAUGAAGGUUUCUGUAAAAGAUCAAGUCGAUGGAUAGAUGUCUGAGUUUGAAUCGAGCGGCCCAGCGCUAUAGUGAUACUGCAAUCAUCUCAUGAGACGACCUCUAGAUAAUCUUCAAGCUGACAAGAUUUGGGAGACUCGACAAGGCUCAGCAAAAGUGAUGAAUCAUUUGGUUCGCCACUAUCCUCCUCUCCACCAAAAGGGGCACGCACAUGAAAUCGGAUAUUCGCACAUGCCAAUAGCAAGCAACAGCGUUCGGACAACAGGAAAGUCCGUCGCCCUCCGGACAUCAGAAUAGUGUAGCUCUUCCAAAGCAGUCGGUACGCAAAAUACUGGAAUUGUUGGUUUACCAGGGAAACACUGAACAAAAACUACUUCUGCAAGAAAGCCUGGCCAGGAUGUACAACCCAACUUCGUAGGGGAGAUUCUAUGGAGUCAACAAGGACGAACACCGAUGGGACAAUUCGGUUGUCGCGUUUCCAUCCUCACCCUCGAACGCCUAUAGCAUGAGUGGCAUAAACCCGAAAUAGAGAGGGGUCUGUUUGAUGGACAUCUGCUCCACCGAGUGGCUGGGGUAGUGGCUGCCCCACAGCAUCUUUCUGUUGAACGAACACA